UCAAUCUGCCGAUCGAUCGACAUGGGCAGCAAGCAGCAGCAGCAAAACCCCCAGCUCUUCCAGCGAUUGGGGAAUUACAAUCCCCACUCCUCGCUCGCCACCGCGGCUUCUUUCAGCUCGCCCAACAAGAAAUGGAUGCUCAACGCCAAGAACGAUGUGGUGGAAGUGGCGCCGGACCAUCUCCACCACGGCUAUGGAGACCAAUCGCAGUUCCAGGCGAUCAAUCUCUCCGCCCAGCAACAGGGAUUCGUGGGCGAAUGUGGGCGAGGAGGAGGAGGGGGAGGAUCUGGAGGAUCAGUGUUGAUGCGCUACAACUCGGCUCCCAGCUGCCUCUUCUCCGAUCUCGACCAGAUUGCUAGAUCUCUCAACGAGGCCGCCGCCGCCAGCGCCGCCGCCGCCCCUAGCGCCGCCAAUGCGCCGCUCUUCUCCCCCGACGUCCUCCCGCCGCUACCGUCCGCCAUGGCCGCGACGAGCAAGAAAAAGAUUGGCAGCCCCACGCACAGCUCCAGCCGCUACUCCGCCCAGAGCUCCACCUCCCUGGGCAUGGAUUUCAGCGUCAUGGAUCACCACCACCACCACCAUCGCCAGCAGCAGAACGGAUUCACGGGCUUGCUCACGGGAACUUCUUCCAGCACUGCCGCCGCCAUCGCCAAGAACACCACGGCGACGCCAUCGCCAUCACCACCACCAGCCAAUUUGACGCGGCAGAGCAGCUCCCCCGCGAGCUUGCUGUCGCGGCUGGAGAUCGAUCGCCAGGGGCUGCAGCAUGGUAGCAGCGAGGAGGACAGCCCGCUAGAGAUGCGAUCGCCCAUCACCGAUCAAGAGAUGAUGGUGGCCAGCGUCUCGGGUGCCAUGGAUUUGGGGGCGGUCUCUUCCGUGGAUUGCGGCUUCUGGGAUGGCAGCUCCGCGGCGGCAAUGGCUGUCCAUCCCGCCGCCGCUCACCAUGCCGCCGCCGCCGCCGCCGCCGCGGCGCAGCAGCAACUCCAUGGCUCGGUGUUCAUGGGGAAUGGGAAUUUGGAUCAAGGCGGGCGAAAGAGAAUCCGGGACGUGGACAUGGACAUGUUGGACGCGGCGUUGGAUCACAGCAGUAGUAGCGGCGGUGGUGGCGGAGGUGGUGGCGGUGGCGGCGGCGGAGGUCAUCAGCAGCAGCAGCAGCAGCAGCAUCACACAUUGACACGACACUUGAGCUUGCCGAUCUCGACGGGGCGAUCGAGUGGCGGAUUGCUAGCGGCGGAGAACUUGCUCCAGGAUUCGGUGCCUUGCCGGCUUCGAGCAAAGCGAGGGUGUGCUACUCAUCCACGAAGCAUUGCCGAGCGUGUCCGCCGGACGAGGAUUAGCGAACGCAUGCGAAGGUUGCAAGAGCUAGUCCCAAACAUGGACAAGCAAACCAACACCUCGGACAUGCUAGACGAGGCGGUGGAGUACAUGAAGUUCCUCCAAAAGCAAGUAGACGACCUCCAAGAGUGCCGCGAGAAGUGCCAGGGACUUUGCAAGAUGAGCCAGCAACAAGGCAAAACCGCUAGCAAUGGAUCGCAACAUUAACUCCGAAGAAAUCUCCUCCCGUGCGCGAAAGAGGGGAAAAAAAUCGAAACUUUCCUCGCUGAUCGCGUGAACUCGCUGGAAAGAAUUGGAACAAAGUGAAGAACGAGAAGAAGAAGAAGAAAUCUGUAAGUUCGUUCCAACAGUGUAACAUAUAUCCAUCCUCUUUGGCGAGCGUUGACCAAUAAAAGAUUCCUUCCGUGGGC